GUUUUCAAUGUCAGUGUCAUGGUAUGAUGUUAUUAUAAACAUAUAACAAACUUGUCUGCAAUAAAUAUGAUCCACAAAUGUUUCGGACUAUUGUGCCUGCUAUACCAUGUGGCAGCAAUCAAACGGUACUAUGCCAGUGAGUCAUGUGGCCAUGUGUACGGUCCCGACUUUCUUACGGUGCUAGAGUUCGACCAGGGAGUGGAGUACAUCAAAAACAAGCCUUCCACAGACCAGAAUCUGGCGCCGCCCUUGCAGCUUAGAAACAAGGUAUGGGAGUGCGUGAUUGUCGUGAAAGGGAUGCCGUCUACAACCACUAACCGCUCCAUCGGCCUUCACUGGCGGGACUUCCACAUUUGGGAUCGCGACAUUGACGUCGCCAGCGAGAGCGUUAACGCUUGCGGCAAAGCAUACGUUACCAUAUACGCCGGUGCAGACACUUCAUCUGCCCGGUCGUGGACCAUGUGUGGCAAGGACACGAAGCGGGAGUUCUUUGAGUUCACUGGCGACUUUAUCACGUUCAAGUUUUACGCUGACUUCCGGCGUAACGCGUCCUACACUUAUCCGCCCACCACCGCUCCCCCGCCCACUCGACCACGCCCACCUCAAGUGAACUGCACAGACCCACGAGAUGUCACUGACAAUAUGACAUCGAACUUUCCUCUGUGCUCCACGACGACCGCUCGACCUUCCACUACGCCCAAGGAUUACUACCCGUACCCAGAACUAUACUUUCGAGCGGAUGUUACGUCAUUUGAUUACGAGUGCACAAAGACAGUACCGGAAGUGGUCCUAAAGUGCAACGACAGCCGACGCUGCCUGGAUGUAUCGCUGAUGUGCGACUUCCUGCUGUCCCAGAACUGCAAGACUGCAGCUUACCCCCAGGACAAGACCGACCAGUCUCGGGACUACCCGUCCUACUGCUUCCGUAAGGACACGACUACGACUGAGGGCCCGACGACGACGGAAGCCCCGUCGGCACCUUUCAACUGGAGGCCCAUCGUUGCCAUUAUCGGAGCAGCAGUGGCGUUGCUGCUUUUAGGCUGGUGUUGCUGGCGUCCCGGUUAUCUCCCCUGGCGUCUCUCGCGCCUGCGCAAUGUUCCGUUCUUAAACACGCAACGCUUCGUCUGCUGCCGGGGACCAACCGCCUGUUGCCCAUGUCUGAAAUGUUGCGCGGCCCAGGGAACCGAAGAUCCAAGCUACAUUGACAGCUUUGUGUCCACUCGCCCGGGCCGGAAGAGCACGCUGAACAUGAACCCCUUCACAAACGGAUCCAAGGUCGAUGCAGUACCGUAUAGAAGACUACAAAACCCGGGCGGACCCAGCAGAAAAUAUUCCGUACGGGGCUCGACCGGCUACGCCGCUUCCUUGUCGCCAUCAAGUUACUAUGGCAACGAUCCGAACAACUUCGCCUCUGAUUGGUUGAAAUUCAUUUCAAGCGACGGCGGCCAUCUUCGCGAGCAGCGUUAGCUUCGAAGACCGACAAAGGCUUAUUACGUCCUUCUUACAAUAAUUAGUUUAUUUUCGACAUUAUUAUACAGUAUGUCGAGAGAGAUAUUAUUUUAAUUGAGCUAUGGGAACAAGCAACUUUAAACGUUUAGCCUACAUGCAUUAAACGUUAAUGUAAUCUUUAUUUUUUAAUCUAAAUAUACAGAGUACAAACAAAUGUGUAAAUUUACUUGUUUCCCACUAUUCACAAAAUAAAAACAGACACACACCUAACAAAAAUUUUCUCUUUUGUUA